GUCGUGCGUCGCCUGCGCGCGCUGCGACCGGAGCUGCAUUUCGUCGUCACCGCGACGUCGCGCGCGCCGCGGCCGGGGGAGGAGGACGGCGUGGAUUAUUUCUUCGUCUCCACGGAAGAGUUCGAGAAGAUGAUCGCGGACGGCGAGCUGAUCGAGCACGCGGUCGUGUACGGGCAGUACAAGGGCAUCCCGAAGAAACAGGUCCGCGAGAAGCUCGCGAUGAACACGGACGUCAUCCUCCGCCUCGACGUUCAAGGCGCGGCGACCGUCCGCGAGAUGAUCCCCGGCGCGACGUCGGUCUUCGUCUGCGCCGAGAGCGAGGCGGCGCUGGCGCGUCGGCUCGCGCGACGCGGGACGGAGACUCCGGACGAGCUCGCGGAGCGCGUGAAGACCGCGCGAGAGGAGACCGCGCGGGGCGUCGGGGAGUUUGAUUACGUGCUCGUGAACGCGGAGGGGAAGUUAGACGACACCGCGGCGAAGUUAGCGGGGAUCAUAGACGCCGUGAAGUUACGG